UGAAAAAAUGUACUAGUUUUUUCGACACAAUCGAUAUAACCAAGUUUCAAAUCAUUAUUUAAUGCAUAAUAAAGUGAUCGGAUAAAAUAGAAGAUUCAGUUCGUCGAAACAUUUAUGAGAACAAGUUGCUCGAAAAUACUCAACACUAAUCUUAUUUAAAAAGUAAAUUUACAUUUUCAAAAUGGUCGUACGUGACGUAAUUUUUUUAAUACUGUGGUGUGUCUCAGUGCAAAAUGUAAUCGGAGAUACAGUAGAUUUUUCUAAAAUUGGAAUAAUGCGUCUCAGAAGACCUUUUCUGAAUAGUUCAAGCAUAACACAUCUCGAUUUAUCGGACAACCAUAUUUGGAAUAUUGAAAAUGGAAUUUUUGAUGACGUGCCAAAUUUGGUUCACUUGAAUUUAACGAAUAAUAUAUUUCCGUUCUCAGAAUUGAGUUUUGAUAAUAAUUCAGCAAUUGAAAUUUUAGUUUUGGACAGGGCAAUUGUCGCUCACUUGGAUUAUUUUGAUCCCAAUCAUUACAUCGGAAAGUUUGAGUCACUUGAAGACGAGUGUAAUAGACUGGCUUCAUACGAAAAUAGAUAUAAUGAUUUAUUACCUGUAAUUAUAUUUACAAAAUCGUUAUCUUUACCGAAGUUGAAACACCUUUACUUGCGUGAAAAUCGCAUAUCGGCAGUAGUUACAGAUGAAGGAGAUUCACUGGAUCAACUAAUGCCAGAAAUUACUCAUAUAUAUCUUACAAAUAAUAUGAUAAAAUUUAUCAACUUUACAAAAAAUAUUCCAAUGACUUUAACGCAUUUAUACUUGGAUUACAAUGACUUAAGGGAAUUUAAAAUUGAUAAAUUGAAUAAUGUGGAAGUUCUAGCCCUCGAUAGAAAUCCGAUCGAAAGGUUUUGUGGCAUUGAAAAUUCCUGCUAUGGACUUACUAUUAAAUAUGCUUUUAAUUUGAAAAUUUUAACAAUCUCACAUAUGAAACUUAGACAAAUAGAAGCAGAUGCGUUUAAAUUUUUGGGCCAUCUCGUUGAGUUAGAUAUGUCUCAUAAUAAAAUAUUUUAUUUUCCAGAACACGUUUUAGAAACUUUAUUAGACUUAAAGACAUUCCAACUAGAUAAUAAUGAAUUUUCAGAACUACCCGAUAUCUGCAGCUUAAAAAAUUUGGAAAAUUUUUCAAUAUCAUAUAAUUACAUCAGUAAAAUAAGCGAAUCGAAAUUUUGUAAUCUGUCGAAGCUUAAAAGAUUGAAUUUGAGUAAUAACCGUUUAUCCGAAAUUCCUGCUGGAAUAUUUGACAAAAUGACUUCACUUGAAGAACUAGAUCUUUCUAAAAAUCAAAUCGUUACUUUGCCAGACAAUUGGAUUUCAUCUGAAAUAAAUUUACAAUAUUUAUACCUCAAUGAUAAUUCAUUUCCAAAUUCUUCAAGUUUAUCGCUAGCCUCAGUAAAAAAUGUUAAAUUCGUCGCUAUUGGAGGUAAUGAUUUUAACUCAAUAAAUAUGGAAAAUUUGAUUAACCUACCGAAGAAUGCAACAAUCAGUUUUGAAAAUAAAGACAUUGUUAAGUCUAAGGAUGAAAUGGUUGUGCGUGAUGUAAUUUUUUUAAUACUGUGGUGUUUCUCAGUGCAAAAUUUAAUCGGAGAGACAGUAGAUUUUUCGAAAAUGGGGAUAACACAUCUUAGAAGACCUUUUCUAAUCAGCACAAGCGUAACACAUCUCAAUUUAUCGGACAACCAUAUUUGGAAAAUUGAGAAUAAUGUUUUUGAUGACUUGCCGAAUUUGGUCUACUUAAAUUUAACAAAUAAUCUGAUCGAUUUUUACGAGUUAAGUUUUGGUAAUAAUGCAUCUAUUGAAACACUAGUACUAGAUAGAGCUUUGAUUGAUCAUGCGGCUGAUUAUCGUUACGAAAAGUUUGGGUUAUUUGGAAACGAGUGCAGUAGACUCACUGAGUAUGAAAACAUGCGCAAUUAUAAAUCCGACAUAAUGUUUACAAAAUCUCUAUUUUUACCGAAACUGAAACAUCUUUAUUUGCGCCGAAAUAAUAUAUUGUCGACAAUUGUAUACGAAAGACAGCCGUUAGAAGGAAUACUGCCCGAAAUCACUCAUAUUUAUCUCACAGACAAUAGCAUAAAAAAUAUCGACUUUAUAAAAAAUAUUCCUAUGACUUUAACGCAUUUAUACUUGGACUAUAAUGACUUGAAGGAAUUUGACAUUGAUAAUUUGAAUAAUGUGGAAGUUCUAGCCCUCGAUGGAAAUCCGAUCGAAAGGUUUUGUGGCAUUGAAAAUUCCUGCAAUGGACUUAAUAUUCAACAUGCUUUUAAUUUGAAAAUUUUGACAAUCUCACAUAUGAAUCUCGGACAAAUAGAAGCAGAUGCGUUUAAAUUUUUGGGCCAUCUCGUCGAGUUAGAUAUGUCUUAUAAUAAAAUUCGAUAUUUUCCUGAACACGCUCUAGAAACUUUAUUAGACUUGAAGACAUUCCGACUAGAUGGUAAUAAACUUUCAGAACUACCUGAUAUCUACAGCUUGAAAAAUUUGGAAGAUUUUUCAGCUUCAAACAAUUCUAUCUUCGAUAUGAAAGAAAAUCAAUUUUGGAGUCUAUCAAAACUUAGAAAAAUAAAUUUAACUGAAAAUCGCUUAAAUCAACUACCUGCUGGAUUAUUCGACAAUUUGACUUCACUUGAAGAACUAGAUCUUUCUAAUAAUAAAAUCUAUACUUUGCCAGACAAUUGGAUUUCACCCAAAAUAAAUUUACAGUAUUUGUACCUCAAUAAUAAUCAUUUUCCAAAUUCUUCAGAAUUAUCCCUGGCCUCCGCAAAAAAUCUUAAGUUCGUAGCCAUUGGAGGCAAUUAUUUCAAUUCAAUAAAUAUAGAAUCUCUAAUCCAUCUACCGAAGAAUGCAACAGUCAAUUUUGAAAAUAAACGCAUUAGUAGUUAUUAAUUUUUAAACUUCCGGCAUUCAUAUAUCUAAUCAUCAAUUAAAAUAAUUUGCCAAGAGCUCGUGAUAUCUUCAAACAUAACCAGCUUGAGAUCGUCCAUCCGGUCAGUUGGUAAAAAUAUUCUUUGCGCACCAGUUAUUCGCGUUAUUGAAAAUCAUUUCUUUCCUUAUCUAAUCGUAACUUAUUUUUUUAAUUACAAAUUAAAAUUUUUAUAUAUAAAGUGCUGCUGCUAUUUAUAUUUAUGUUGACAUUACGGUGUAGCUCCGUAAAUUAUAAAUCAAAAGAAGCCGAAAUUUCAGUAACAAAUACAAAUUAUUUAGGUGAAAAUUUGAACGAAACUUUAUUGAACUUCUCAAAUUUUGGGAUUUUAUAAUUUGAAUUUCAAAUAUCAGUUAAAUAUCGAAUAUUAGUUCUCGACGGAACAUUGUGUUGACCCAGGCUCAAGUCUGGAUCGAAUAAUUGUGGAAUAGAGAGUGAAUUCGGUCAAAGCCACGUGGCUCCGAGUAUUUCUAUGUCGCUGACAUCAAUGAAUUUACCGAAAUUGCAAAAAUUAUUCCUCCGUAUAAACAAAAUUGUUUAUUUACACACAGGAAAUGAUGGUAAAGGGUCAUGUCAAGUCUCUCCCAUCUUUAUUUUGAUGACAGAAUUUCAAAUUCAAGUUUCAUAAAAUUUUUGACUCAAACUCUGACUCAUUUAUAUUUGAUUACUAAUAAUAUAAAUCAUUUUUCAAAUGGAUCUUUGCAUAAUUUGAAAGUUUUAAUGCUCGAUGGAAAUUAAAUUACAAAUUCUGUCAGUUUCAAGAAAUAGGCUCGAGAGAAUCGAUUCUGGCUCAUUUGAAGAUUUGAAAAAUUUGCGGUAAUUCGAUAUGUCUCACAACACAGUCAAAAAUUCUUUUGAUAAUUUGAUAAAAUUAAAAAUGCUUCUACUAGAUUACAACAGAAUGUCAACGAUUCCUGAAAUUAAUUAUUUGAAGAAUUUGGAACAUUUGUCCGUAGCGCGCAACAAAAUAAAAAGCAUCGACGAAUUAAGGAGCUGUCGAAAUUAAGGAGAUUGAAUCUGGGCAAUAAUUUUCUCGACGUAUUGUAUCCUAAAUCCUUCGGCAAUUUCGUGCUUUGUAAAAUCUCGAUCCUUCUGAAAAUAAGCUAACAAUUUUAUACCAUAAUUGGAUUCCUCUGAAAUUAAAUUUAAAAUAUUUUCACCUAAAUAACAAUUUACUACCCAGUCUUUCCGGUUUAUCUCUAUCUGGAGCCGAAAAUCUCGUUCUUGAGCACUGGUGGAAAUUCGCUGAAAUUUAUAAAUAUCAAAGUUUUAAUGACAUUGCCAGCAAAUGUGACAAUAGAUUUAGAGGAAAUAUUAAAUAUAAAACUUUAAUCUUCUUUACAACCUUGUACAAAUAGUCACCGUUAUUAUUAAUAUUAAAGUUGUGAACCAUUGUAACAAUUAUCAAAUAAUAACUCAAACCAAAAUGAAAAUAAAUUCUUAGUAAUCUUUUAAUAUAAUCUUCCUGUUCCUGUUU